AUGGACAAUGAAAGAUCCAUCCAACGCAACCCGCACGGCAAUUUCAAAGAAGUCGAAGCCAGCCGUCCAGACUGGGACGGCGAGAAGAAAUUCCACUUCACCAAGACCAAGAACCCCUCAUGGAAACCCGGCGACGGCGCCAACGACGGUGGCGAGAGCCUCAAAAAGGAGCACAUCAGCAUCAACCCGUAUGAAGACGGUCGACCGUCCACGUUCAACUACAAACUGCUCAUCAGCGCGAUCAUCCCGCGACCUAUCGGUUUCCUGAGCACGCGGUCGAAAGACGGGAGUAGUUCAAAUCUGGCACCUUUCAGCUAUACGCAGGUGAUCAACCACGAUCCACCGGUGUUCAUCGUGGGGUACGCGGGGGGUUUCGACAAGGCGAAGGACAGUCUGAAGAAUUUGAUGGAGACGGGGGAGUGUGUGAUUAAUAUCAUCAGCGAGCAUUAUCUGGAGGCGGCGAAUGCUACGUCGGUCAACGCGCCGUAUGGGGUUUCGGAGUGGGCGUUGACGGGGCUGACGCCGGCUGCUUGUGAGAAUGUCAAGGCGAGUCGGGUUAAGGAGGCGGUGUUUAGUGUUGAGGGGAAGCUUAUGGAGACGAAGGAGUUUGAGAGUAGAGCGACGCCUGGGAAGAAGACUGGUGUGUUGGCUAUCAUUGAGGGGGUGAGGUUCUGGGCGAGGGAGGAUGCGAUUAAUAAGGACAAGAAUUUGAUUGAUCCUGAGAUCCUCCGCCCAAUGUCCCGUCUCGGAGGCAUCACCUACGGCCGCUUGAUGGAAGGCAUCGAGCUCCCACGGCCGGACUGGGACGAACUCAAGAAAGAAGCCGAGCCCAAAGGCCUAGUCAAGCCCAAGGCCGACGGACAAUGA